AUGAUACGCUUUUCCAAGCCCAGAGCUGGAGGAAUCCUCACUGUGAAGGAGCUGAAAUGUUUGGUUAGAGCUUCGAGGACUGAGUACGUGCCAUCGUCCUCUCUUGGCUACGUAUUCCCAGAAGGUCUCACCCGUUUCAAGAUGGUCUUGAACCCUGCCUUCGAAGGAGCACCACAGCAGGCAGAGUUCUAUGCGAUACAGACGACCAACCGUCUGUCGGAAUCAUUGAGAUUGCUCUAUAUCGGAAGGGUCGGAAUGGGAGUGCAACCACCACCAGGGAACGCGACAUCAUUACUGCAACCAAUAUCCAAGGCUCUAUGUGAGAUGAUAGAUAAGGAGAUCGGAGCACUCAGAGAGGAUACUGAGGAUGCGCUCCUAAAGGACGUUCCGUUCAUGGCCGUACAAUUCAAUGACGGAGAAAAUCCAAUAGUGAAGAGGCUUUGCCUCGUUGGCCGUUCUUUGCAGAAUGGUUACAACCUAUCAGUUUGA